UUUUAUUCUAUAGAGGGUGUUGUUAUUCACAAAUAGCAACCGUUUCUCGAACAGUUUUACGAUUGAAAUGGAUUUUCCGGAGGACCUAGACCACGUAUUUGAAGAAUAUCUCGAGGAUGACAGCGAAGGGAUUUUUGAUUAUGCAAAUUUGGACGUUAACUACGAUAUUGAAUCGCUCAAGGAUAUCGAUGAUCCACUGCAAGAUCCGAUGGGGGACGAAGAUGUGCCGUCGACAUCUAAAGCAAAGUCUUCAAAAAAGAUAAAGAGAAGCUGUGAUUUGGCGACCAGGAUAGAAAACAGUUACUCAAGCAUCGGCGAUGUUUUCUUAAAGAAAUUCAAAAACCAAAAGUCCUAUGAGAAGUGUGGUGCUAUCAAUGUUGACGGAGAUACUGUUAACGAAAUACUAACGAUGGUAUGGAGUUGCUGCUCAAAAUUCACCCACCGUGCUGUUCGGUUUACAGAAUCUGCCGAUUCACGACCUGAAGCGUCUUGGGAGGAUGUAAUCCCUGGUUUUGAUGAUUGCGACAGAUUCCUCGUGUUUCAAGAUAAAAUUAAUAAAAGGAAUAUUUCGCCAUCAAAAGUUGACAGCGCCAACCUAGUUAAUUGGUUAUCGAAGGAAGUGUCGGUUAUUGUUUACAAGUACUCAGAUAGCAUAACUUCAUUAGAGCGAUGGCACCAAGUCGAAGCUCAGCUCCUUCGUCCUCUUGAGAAAGAUCGAUCUGGGGCGGAAUCGGUUGCUUCAAUCAACCAACUAAAGGAGCAGCUUAAAAGGAUUCACGGGAAAUAUUUAUCUGGCGAUGAUGUAAAUUGGGGCUGCUGGGCUAGUUGGAUUUCUAGCAAAACGUUUGAUCAACGAGAUGAUUUAAUGAAUCAAGCCCCACCUGAGCAUCUUAUAAACCUUUUUAGCAGUGUUCCUGUCCAUAGUGACACUAUCCUGGAGAAAGCUAGACUCGAUUUGCAAGUGGCUAACACAGUCAACGGUGCUUACAGUAACAUACUUCGGGAGUUGAAAAAUGAUUACCAACAACUUGGUAAUGUGGUCAGAACGAUUGGGGAAAGAAUUUCGAUGCUUGAGACGAAACAGAAGGAAUAUGAUGAGAUGCUGCAAGCGAUGAGAAACACUGUGGCAGUGAAAGAAAACAAGUUCUCGGUUGAGUUGGCUCGGAAUGUCACUGAUUGCUUGGAUGUGGAUCAUGAUGAAUUUAGCUAA